GUGGGGUACCACUGUGACGGCCGCUGCCAGACGUAGAUAAAACACCAAACCAUAAAUUCUUUCUUGAAAUCGAAGUCGGGGGGAAGCAGGGCCAGACUCAGCGAUCUCUCCCCGGCGUUACGAUUGGGGGAUUAGUUGAGGCUUUGUGGGGAUGGUUUGAGCCACCCACGCCUCCCUGCCAGACCAAUUUGCAGUGUGCUGGCGGCUUAGUGUUGCAUCCCACCCGGAAGGCAGGAGAAGCAGAACCCGCCGGGAUGUUAAUGGGGGUCGUUCAAUGGCAUAGUUUAGCAGAGGCCUUCGGUAAGGGGCUGAGACGGCUGUGUUGUGGAGUGAUUGAAGUCUGUGUGUGUGUGUGUGUGUGUGUGUGUGUGUGUGGAGAGACCCUUUGUUUCCCUGGUUGUUUCCGCGUGUGUCUCCCUCCCGUGCCCCUCAUUGGCUCCCAUCUUGUGUUUUUUAGGUAAAAGUUGAUGCUCAUAAAGGCGACACGCACAAAGGAAUUUCAAGGAACGAGCCAAGACGGACUAAAUUCCACGGACGUGCUUGAACAUUUCGGAGACUUAAAACUCCUCAGGAACGCGGAUUAGUGAGGAAAACGUUAAUGCACCGCCUCGCACAGGUUCGCGGAUCUGAUUCGAAGCUCUGAAAAGCCGAUUCGAACCGUCCUUUUGAAAAAUCUAAACACCCAAGGAUUUAGUGUCGCGGUGGUGGAGCAGCAGGGCUCGGCGAACACCCUGAAAAAUGUACCACCUCACGCAAAUAUUUCCUUUACUCUCUUCGCCUUUAACCACAUGACUCCUACUUUUUCUUCACACUCCUGCUUUUUCUUCCCACUCUUUUGUAAAAUGACCAUGUGCAAGUUUGAUAAAAAAUAUGGAUAGCAAAGGGGAGUUAUGUCUAGUUGAGACAUUUUAGGGCCUAUAGCUUUCUGGAUCAAUAAAUUUCCCCAGGUUACUGAAAAUGUCAUACUGUCAUUACCACUGAAAGCGUGGGUGCAGGGACAGCUGGGAUAGUUGUCACUAAACGAAGAAUCUAAAGCAGAAUUGCAGUCCACGAAUAUUCAUCCUUCCUUUACUCCCUUUCGCCUCAACCUCUCCCCUCCCUCGCCGAGAGAAUGGCUUCCGGGAAGAGAGCGGGUUUAUACUUGGCCACUUGAGGCUAAAUUGGCUGGAGUAAUGCGGUCAUAAGGACAAGGCCGCCCGGUACUGCUCGCCGCUGCGAGACGCGGGGCUGGGGCGGCGCCACCUUCUAAUUAGUUGAUGGUGGAGUCCUGUGAGUUAAGAUUCCAGGCCGCGCGUCACGCUGCGGUCUUCCUCCACGACCUACUUUUUAUAGAAAUAAUUGUAGUAAUGUAUAAUAAUUCACUGCGAUUUGAAGUACCCUUAUUAGGUUUCCUGGACUUAAAUGCUUGUCUCUCUCUUUUUUUUUUUUUUUGUUACACAUACGGUGCGUAUACUUGCUUUUUAUUAGUUUUAUAUAUGUAACUGUGGAUAUUCUUUUUUUUUAAAUUCUCUUACAGGACUAGCAUCUUCAGUGGGCCUUUCUUUGUUGCUUUUUUUGUACUUUUUUUUUUUUUUUGCCAGAUCCCUCUUACACAAAACAUAUAUAGUAAUUCCUAGUAAUAAGUGAUAUUCUAUCUGGUGUCCCUUUCCAUGAAUCUAUGUAUACAUGAAUCUAUGUAUAUGUGCACACACGAUAUACACCAAAUAGCUACGUACGUGCGAGGCUGUAUACGUGUCGGUAUUUUCACUCGUGACAUGGAUACGUCCACAUGAUGCAUACGCGGCGAGGAAUGAGCGCACAUAACAAUGUAUAGACUUCUUGGAAAACAUGUACGUGCGAAUGGUGUACACGCGCUGGAAUGUGUACGUUUAUAGUUGACAAGGGAAGGUUGUGUGUGAAGGGGGGAGCGAGGGAGGUUAGGCAGGGGACAAAUGAUCUCUUGCUGUUAGUGACUGGAAAAGUGACCGGAAGAGUGACAGGAAGAGUGACUGGAAUGGUGACUGGAAUGGUGACUGGAAGAGUGACUGGAAUGAUGACUGGAAGAGUGACUGGAAUGGUGACUGGGAUGGUGACUGGAAGAGUGCCUGGAAUGGUGACUGGAAGAGUGACUGGAAUGGUGACUGGAAGAGUUACUGGAAUGGUGACUGGGAUGGUGACUGGAAGAGUGCCUGGAAUGGUGACUGGAAGAGUGACUGGAAUGGUGACUGGAAUGGUGACUGGAAGAGUGACUGGAAUGGUGACUGGAAGAGUGACUGGAAUGGUGACUGGAAUGGUGACUGGAAUGAUUGGAAGAGUGACGAAUAGUGACUGGAAUGAUGACUGUAGGAAUGAAUGGAAAGGUAACUAACUAUAAGGGAUAUUAGAAUGAUGACUGAAAGAAUGACUGGAAUGAUGACACGUAUGGUGACUGUAAUAGUGAAUUAAUAGUGAAUGAAAUAGUGACUAGAAGGACCUGCAAUAUGACUGGAAGGAAACGACUGGAAGAAUGGUUGGAAUAGUGAUUAGGGAACUGAAAUAAUGACGAGUGGCUGGAUUGGUGACUGAAAUGAUGAACGACAUGGUGAUAAUAAUGAUGAUCGGGAUGGUGACAAAUAGUGAUUGAAGUGGCACGUGAAAUAUUGAGUGGACGAGCAACAGGAACAAUAAAUAGUAUACUAACUGGAAUAGUGUUGCUGGUAUCUCUAAUAAAUUGAAACAGUGUUGAAAAAGUGGUUAAAUAAUAGUUGUAACGCUAUAUAAUGAAACGUGAUAGUUAAAUUGUCAUAAGUCUGAAUACUGUUGAAUACUGGAAUGAUUAAACAUCUUUUUAUUCCAAUUUUCCGAGAACCUGCUCAUAUGGCGCUGGAAUACUUAAAAAAAAAAAAAAAUACUUUCGUGUCGCCUUUCACUACCUGGAAGAGGACUGGAAGAGUGUGGGAGUGAGGUACGGAUUCCAUUUUCAUUACGCCUCGAAGAUCAAACGCUAAUAAUAAUUUCACUCGAGUCCACAGCGUCAUUCCGUAAUACUCUCAACAUCCAGAGAAGGAAAAAAAGAUCCUUUCAGAUAAAAAGCCACCUAAUUAGCACGACUUCUUCACUUACUUCUUGUUUUCACGUGUUCUUUUAUAUUCUUUCCAGCUGGUGAAAUCACUCGGUGUGUUUCGAGGCAGAGGAGGAGGAAAAGAAAAAAAAAGAAAAAGAAAAAGAAAAAGAUGCGAGGGAGCAAUAUUUUCUCCAUGUGAAGUCUGUACCAUCCCGGCGCCCUCCCAGCAUCACCCACACCCUCUGGCUCAAGUUUCUGAAUCCCCGUCGCUGUGGCCGCCGUCAGGAAGGCAAUCAGAUGUGUGCCACGGCCCUGCACAUCAAAUACCCCUCAGCAGCGUCCGGGCCGGGGAGCGCGGCGCGAGGCGGGAGCGGGGAUCCGAUAUCUGCAGGUUCACGCUGGUGGCGGCGAGAGACAGGUGAUUCGAACCACAUCAGUGACGCGGCCUGGAGGCGGGGAUCGGUUUGCAGGCGCCUUGGCGAGGGUUCAAUCGGCGCUGCAGGAGGAGCGGUAGAACAGCAAGAGACACCAAGAGGGAAGAUGCACGUCAUUGCCACGCCCUUACCUGCUCAGUUCGCGGGGUCAGGAGUGUGCUGGGGGCUCAGAGAAGGAGACAAACGAAGAGGCAAAAUCACACGCAUGGAAGACACUCGCCUCGAGGACACUGACGCCGCCGGGCAGCAGCGCCGCACCGCCGCCACUGCCAGCAUCAACCCCCGCCGCCGUAGUAACACCUGGCGAGCCAAGAUCCUCUCGGGGAUUGGCAGUGGCCCCCGCGUCCCCCGCGUCAAGGCCUCGCAGCGCCACCCAUGAAAUGAAGUUGCGCGCCCAGGAGCCAGAGUGUGAGUGCAGCUUGUCCUCGUCGGGGGUGGACGGGACAGGGGUCGGUGUUCAGGGUCAAGGUCACCGUUCGGGAACAACAGAUGCAGGACAACCUCACCACCCAAGGGGAGCCCCAGUAGACAGCAAAGCGGCAACAUCCACCAGUCAACCAUCACUUGUACUCGGUCCACCUGGUGCAGGCGGUGCCGUUCAGGGUAUCCAUACUUUUCAGCUAAGAAGCCAUAUAUUAGACGAACAGGGAGCCAUUCAGAGUUUUCAGACUUGGGGAGGGGACGCAUUUCACCAUAUAUAACAUAGUGGACCAGGAAGAGGGCACACCAGCAAUUAGUGGAGAAACCACUUUACCGCAAUGCAUAUUACCAAUAUACAAAAUAAUUAAGAGGGCAUGUCAAGCAGAAAUCAGUCAUAUCAUAAUAUAAGCCAGGAAAUGAGUUUUAACCUCGUUUAUUUCAAUAUUAUCAGAGGAGAGAUACACUACGGCAGCAUCUUUUAUAUAAAGAAGUAAAACAAGGAGAUGAUCUUGCAGGCAUCAGAAUGGUGUCAACAAGAAUUACUCUAAAGCAGUAAGUUGGAGCUCAAGUAAUGCAGUGAAAAAUUAUACAAUACCAAUAUCAGAUUCCUUUAAACUUUUCAUAACAUUUAGGAGGAAAUAAUAUCUUGUAUGGUGUCGAAGUAAAUAGAAAGCAACACUGAGAAAAGUACAAUAUUGGUCAAACGCAUACUGACAUUUCAGCAAAAGAAGCGGAUUGACAAGGCUUUGUUCCGGAAGUACGGAUUCUCUCGAUCUGGAUCCUCAUUAAUUCAUCCACUCGUUAAAAUGGAUUGUUAUACUUUAAUUGAAGUCAUUAUCCAUCGCUAUUAAACCCUGUUGGAACAAUACUUCCGACAAUGGUUUUAGAUGAUACACUGCGAUUAAUACGAAUUGCUGCAAUAGACUAAAACCCUGCUAAAUAUUCAGCGAAUUUCAACCUAAGUAAUUGUACCAUCAGUGAGUCAUGUUACUGUCUUGCAUCAUCGUAUAUACGAUUUAUUUCAAUAAUUCACCAAUGCAAGGUAGCAAUUUCCAAAGUUCGUAGUAUACGAGGAAAAAGAAA